AUGGCAUCAACUAGAAUCGCCGAGCUGGCGGCUCGCAUUCAGCUGCGCACAUCGGACAUCGACUCCUAUCUCCAGCAUAACCAACUGCCGUCCCCGGCUUUCGACGAAGACGGACCGGUCGACUUGAACUUGCCCAACGGGGAUCUAUCAGCAGCUCGUGAACAGGUGCUCGAUGCCACUUUAGAGCUUCAUGAUCUUCUUCUAGGGCCUUCACUCUGUCUGCGUCCCGUCUACAAUGGACUUAGCCUGCAGGUUAUCUACAAAUAUGACAUUGCAUCCAAAGUGCCUCUUUAUGGCGAGGCAUCAUUUGCAGACUUGGCUGAGAAAUGCAGCCUGAGUGAAGUCAAUAUCCGACGCAUGCUGCGCUACGCCAUGGUCUUUCACCAUGUCUUUCGAGAGCCGCGCAAAGGAUUCGUUGCUCACACUGCUGCUUCACGAAGACUAGCUGAAGACCCCUAUGCCGGAGCCGGGCUGGGCUACAUGUUUGAUGAGACACUUCCUGCGCUAGAGCAAUUCCACAGCGACGAACCAAACAAAUGUGGCUGGAGUCACUACCACAACACCGACAAAGCCGCUUGGGAGUACUAUGCCUUGCAUCCUGACAAGGCGCGACGAUUCACUCACGCCAUGUCAGCAUUCGCGGACGGACACGGUAAUUCGCCAGCCUUCCUGGUACAGAACUAUCCCUGGAACACGAUCGGAACAGGUACAGUCGUAGAUGUCGGGGGCUCUAAGGGCGAUAUCGGCGUCCUCUUGGCUAAGCAGUUUCCGGACCUGGGUUUUAUCAUCCAGGACCUCCCUGAGAUGAUUACUGGAGCUUCAGACACCAUUCCAGCCGAAUUCAAAAGUCGUAUUCAGCUCCAGGCGCACGAUUUCUUUACUGAGCAACCGGUCUAUGGUGCUGACGUUUAUUUUUUCCGCAAUAUUUUUCACAAUUGGUCUGAUUCUCGUGCCAUCCUCAUUCUAAAGGCACUCGUUCCUGCACUAAGACAAGGCUCGCGGCUUGUCAUCAAUGACUAUGUUCUUCCUGAGGUAGGCACAAUGUCGUUGACGAAAGAACGGGCUGUUCGUGAUAUGGAUCUGAUAAUGCUUACUCUAUUCAACGCGAGGGAACGGGAGGAGGCAGAUUGGAUUGAGCUGUUCAGAAAAGCUGACCCUCGAUUUUCGGUUGUCAGGAUUUGGACCCCAGAAGGUGCGACCAUGGCCAUUAUCGAAGUUUUGUGGACAUGCGCAGAUGCUGCAUAA